AUGGCGAUCUUGGCGCCAGCCGCCUCGAGCUGCUUCUUGGCCUCCUCGGCCUCGUCCUUCGACACCGCUUCCUUGAACUUCUUCGGCAGCCCUUCGAUCAAUUCCUUUGCCUCCUUCAACGCCAGGCUGGUCAAAGCCCUAACUACCUUAAUCGUCGGGAUCCUGGCGUUGCUUGGCACAUCCUCGAUGACGACGUCGAACUCCGUCUUCUCCUCAACGGCCGCGGCCGCCUCUGCCGCGGCCGGAGCGGCGGCGGCGGCGGCAACCGGGGCGAAGGACGCGGCGGAGACGCCGAGCUUGUCCUGGAGGUACUCGACGAGCUUCUGCGCGUCGGCGAGAGUCAAUCCCGCGAUCUCGUCUCCGAGCUGGACGACCUUCUCGGGAGCGUCCACGGCGGCCAGCGUGCGGAGGGGGCGGCGGAAGCGUUUGGCGGCGGAUGGUUUGAGGGGGAACUCAAGGUGCUGUCUGGGGAACGAGGCGGCGGAUGGGAGCGCGGGGUACGCGGUGGAGGGCGGCGAGUGGGGCGAAGGGCGGAGGAUAGCAGAGGACGGCGUCCAACAAGCCAUACUGAAUCUGAGAGAGAGGGAGGGAGAGAGGAGUAGAGAAGAUGAUAGGAUAAGGGUGCGAGUGAAAGUGUGA